AUGAAGCUCCCGCUGGGGCGUAUAAGGGAUUCAUGCGAUCCUGGCUCCUUUUUUUUGAGGCCGAGCUCAACCACACAGGAUGCUUUGAUGUCAUUAUUUACCCACAUAUUAAAAAUAUUCAAGCAUCGCAAAAUCUUUGAGGAUGCCCCUUCGUUCUUCGUCGUCUACGCAUGGGAUCAAAAAAGCCACCCUGGUCUUCCUGCGGACUCGAGUAUAGUUCAUGAAAUGAUUCAAUGGUUUGAAGAUGCUGGCUACAGUACUAUGUACUCGGAUAGCACCCCGCCGAGCGAGAAGGCCGUUAUUGAUGGCCAGCUUCGUUUAUUGCCCAUUGCGGCUUACCCCGAUUCCGUUCAAAAUGUCAUCCUAUGUGGCUCUAAACUCCUGGGACACUACAUGGCAGGGAGGUACUUCAAAAAAUAUGCUUCAAAGAUCAUACGGACGUACCACGAAGCCCGCCAGAACGAGACAAAAAUUCCUAUAUCACAAAUUCUUCGUGGUGUCCAGCAACAGUACGAGAGAACGGCAUCAAGGAAGUUUCAUCACGUUAUGACGGAGUUAGCCCUACUUGACAUCCGAAACGCGUACAAUGAAAAAAGUACAGUUAUUCCUUACCUCCUCAAUGGAGACCCCCAAUCCUGCCUACCGAAGUACAUCACGAUCGGAAGCGAUAACCUUCGAGUGCAACGCGGUGUCGAUGGAUCGAAGUAUGAGUGUUUCUUCGAAAUAUUAGGGAAGCUCGUAGGUUCAUCAAACCGCAAGUUUGACCCAGGGCCGCAGCAUUUGAUACCAUCCAUGAUUGAAAUCUAUAAAAGAGCGGCUACUGAAUUGACUGAUAUGGACCGUGUCCCUGAAGGGUUUCUUGAAAGGUAUCAAAGUGAAGCGAACAAAGCUUCUGAUGAUUUUUCAAGUGCUCAGAGGCAAAACCCGAAAGGCAUAGGGGUUUCUGCUGUGAGGGAGGCACUGGACGCUUACCAUUCAAACAUCAUGUCUAUCGAAAGGGUGUUUGGAGAGACACUGCCGUUACGCAAACACCACAUCAUACUAGCCAAGAUUUUCGAUUCUACCGAGUCAGACACAUUCUCUGAUGAAUCUACUUACAUCCGCCUGAAUAAUAUUUUCAAUGACACAAAGCUAAAGGGGGGGAGUGUCGGACGGCCAAAGCGCAUACUCAUCCACGGUCGCCCAGGGGUGGGCAAGACCACUCUAUGCAAGCAAAUAAUAGACGAGUAUGGCAGAAAAGAAGUUCUUGGAACCAUGUUUUCCUGGGUUCUCUGGGUGCCCUUACGAAAGCUGGGGUUGGAUGAUUCACUCAAGAGCUUCUUCCGUUCAGAAUACUUCCACGGCAAACUUCACGAAGAUCUGCUGGCAGAAAAGCUUUAUCAGCAGGUAUUUGGGGAAGAUAAAGAAAAGACCCUGCUUAUCCUUGACGGGUUAGAUGAGUCAAGUGGAUGGGAAGAGCGCAACAUCAGUGAAUUGGCCCAAUUCAAAAGUAUUAUCUUCACAACACGUUCCGGUAGGGGGAAGGCUGGCUCAGCGGUUUACACUAUUGCCGACCUCGAACUUGAAGCUAUGGGAUUCAGUCAGAGGGAGGCAUUGAAUUAUAUUGACUCCCACAUCGGCAUAAAACCUCUGGAGACUGUCAAUGAUAUCUGGUUCUUUGCUACAAGCCCGCCUGGUUUUGACUUAGCUCAAAUACCGAUCUGCCUAGAUAUCCUGUGCUCGAGCUGGGACGAUGUGCGUCUGGCGACGCCAUCGAAUGAAAUCAUUAAAUUAUCCGUUUUAUAUGAAGUCGUUGUUGCUAGGCUCUGGCGGCGAGACAUUCUUCGCCUCGGAAAGCGUGACCCGUCUACCGGUUCCGUUAUGACAAAAGACAUUCUUGACGCCGUUCGAGAUUUCAGUCGCUUACACCGUCUUAUCUACAAGGAAAUGGCUUUCCUCGAAGCCCUUGCCAUAUCUUUGACCAGAGAGGGUAAGAUCGAUUUCGGCCAUGAUGAGAUCACCGCCACUAUUCGUCAGGUGGAGCGCGAUACUAUGCUGUUGCCACUAUCUCUUGAGUAUGACCUGCGAAAUCUCUCAUUUCUGCACUCGGAUGGCUGUGGUGGGUACAGUUUCAUUCACCGGACAUUUCAAGAGUAUUUCGCUGCCCUCUGGAUCUCUCAUAAUGGACCGUCGUUACGUGGGUAUUUGGCAAGUCAUGUUAAAUAUGCCCCUGCAUUUGAGAGAAUUUGGCAAUUCAUUGCAGGCUCUAUACAAACCAAAGAGGCCCUGGAGGAAUUUUUUGACUUGAUUGAAUCGGAACCACGAGACCUCCUCGGUCCUGCUCAUCAAUGGCUACUUCUGUGUUGCUUCAAUGAAGUGCGCCAUUCGCUGCGGCUACCGACUUGCAUUAAGGUUAUACACAGAUUGGCCCGCUGGAUGGAAUUCGAAUGCGAGAUCUCAACAAAUUCCUUCCUUAAACACUGCGGUGAGUAUCCAGAUGAAGUAAUCGAAAUCUUCCUGAGCAACUCUACAUCAAGAUGUGUCCGGCGCAUUCUCAACAGUGUUGGCGGUAUGUAUUUGUCGCCAAUGAUGAUCGAGCUUCUCAUCAAAAGGGUUAAUAGUGAGAGCCUGGAUGCUCAUGCUUUUGCUCUUGGACUUUUAUAUACCCAGAAACAACGGUUUUCACUGGAGUCUUCUCAAAAGCUCAUCCUCAGAUUAGCGAAAAGAGAUGAUGACACUGGGUAUAGUAGCACCUCUACGCUACACAAACUGUCCGAUUCAUCAGUUGUAAUAGCCAAAAGUUUACUUUACAUAUUCAAAUACCCACAUGAAUUGAGUCAAGACAUCACUGUCUGUCACCUAUUCAGCUUAUGCGUAUUCUUGAAUAAAAAGGUAGAUAGCUUCUUAGCGGCGACAUUGUCAGGUUGUAUGACUCUUCUUGAGGAUAAGGAUGAAGCUAUUCCAGUACGGAUCGCCGCAGCGGACAUGCUGCAGUCAAAUUGUUGUUUGUCAGAUGAAACUGUUAAAAGCCUGGCAGAAAUGCUUCGAGACUCAAACAAAACAGUUCGAUACUCUGUCAUCCGUGCCAUGAGAUGUCAACAUUCCUUUUCAGUGGAUACCAUUGAAAUCCUCACAACUAUCAUGAAGGAUGAUGACGAAGAUGCCCGACACGCAGCAACGCUUGUUUAUUACAGCUACUCAACAUUUUCAGGGUCGGAUAUUGCAGCUCUGGUGGCUCUGGUCUGGGAUUCAAAUGCCAGUAUUCAGAGUACGGCUGCUGUGGCUCUAGGGGGGUUGUCAAGCAUACCAGACGAUGCCGUUGCAGCCCUCGUCAGUCUGCACAAUCAUCAUAAUAAGGAUAUCCGGGCUUCCACUGCGAAGGCGUUAGGCAAAUAUUUGCAAAGGAUGUGGUUAACCCGAUCGCAACCCUCUGGGGAUGUUGAAGCAGCACUUAUCAUCUUACUCGAAGAUCCAGUAGAUUUUGUUCGAAUGGAGGCGGUUUGGGCGUUAGGCAGCACCAACAACUUAUCACAGAAGACUACCGCGGUCCUCAAGUCCAAAAUUUUGGGUGAACCAAAUAUCAAGAAAGCCGACAUUAUGGAAGUCUUUAUUAGACAGCUGAAGCCCAACUUCACGUUCGCCGAACUUGUGGCUUUAUUAAAGAUUAUACCUGACGAUUAUAGGAGUACUCUUUACAUCCUCCCUUUCCUUUUUCAUUCAGAGGAAGUAUGGCGGCAUAAGACAAGGUCGCUUCUGGCCCAAAUCGGAAUCCAUGAUCCGAUCACUGUUACAAGCUUUGGACAGACUGGUUGGCCAGACUACAUACAUGAAGUUGUCUUGAAUCUUUGUAUGAAGUAUAAAAGCCUUGGAGAAGAGUUUUGGUACAAAUUUCAAGCACCUCUUCAUUGUCAAAUCAGCCUAUCACGAGCGAAUAUGCAGGGAGUUCUGAGGGUACUGCAGGAUUCUUCUGGAUUUGGAUCCCGAAUUUUACAGGCUGAAAUAUUAGCACAACUGUCAACUUGGCCUAACGAUGUUGUCGAAGCCGUAAUGGAAUACUUUCAGGAUAAGGAACAUCUACAUGACUUUUGUUAUUGUGCAGCUACCAACAACCGAGAGUUGUUAAACAAGCUACUUUCAGCCGCGGGACUAUUAUCGGAGGCCGAAGAAAGAGACACACCGGAGAGAAAGUCUGUUCUUAACCCCUAUAUUCUUAAAUCCAUAUAUGGAGUUUUAUUAUUGCGCGGUUUUAAUGAGCAACUCAUCUUAUUCAUCGACCACGAACACGGCGAAUGUGUGCUCUAUGAUCAGGGUAUACCCAGGACAGCAUGGCUAGAAGAAACACUCGGAACAGCAUCAAUAGAAGAAAGAAGACAGCACUGUUCAUAUUAUACCGCAAUUCGUGAGAUUCGAGAACGCUGGAACCCAAGAGGUCUUGACCUGUGGGAUUGA